UUUAAUUUCAAUGUUUUAACGUUUCACACAGAUCGACAUACGACAUGAUUGAACCAGAGGAAGAAAAGCAGGAGGGGCAUACAGAUAUGUUACGGGACAAGUCUGUCGGCCGGGUGAGCGGACGAAAACUGUUACGGACGCCCAAGUGCGCCCGCUGUCGGAACCAUGGAGUGGUGUCCUGUCUGAAGGGCCACAAACGAUUCUGUAGGUGGCGUGACUGUCAGUGUCCAAACUGUCUCCUGGUGGUAGAACGGCAGCGCGUGAUGGCGGCACAAGUAGCUCUCCGGAGACAUCAAGCCUCGGAGAUGACAAUCACUCUGAAGGACAAGGUGAAGACGGCCACCCAGAUACUCCAACACCGGAAGCUGAUACAGCGCAAUCUCAGAAGUCUGCAGCAACACACAUUGUCACGGGAUGUACUGUCUAAAUACAAAAACAAACAAACAAUUUACAACGCUGAUGAAAAGUACUUGCCUCCUAUAUUCAACGAACGCAUGCGCAAGCGAAGAUGUUUUGCCGACAAAGAGCUUGAGCUUGCAAUGUACGAACAUGAGAGACAACACGAAAUCUUACAAACCAAAAUAAACGUGAGUAAUUCCUCCGGAACCGGAAGUUCUCUGACUGGAUUUGUCGGGACGGAUACCAUAGACAUGACAAGCACGGUGCCUAGUUCAUCACGUGACGUCCUACAACAACUGUUUCCUUUCCACAGUUCGAGUGUUUUAGAACUUGUCUGGCAAGGUUGCCGUGGAAAUAUGAAGAAAGCCAUUCAACAAAUCGUAUGCAACGUACCAUGUAUUAAAUCAUGUCACCCAUCAGUUCCGGUGCCGGAGAUUAUUCACGACAGCGUGUUCUCUUUUGUCAAAGAUUCUCAUUUUACGAGACUAGAGCAGGAAAAGGACCCGAAAGUUGCCUAUGGAGAUCGGAAUAUAAGCUGGAGGCAACAAAGUGAGACGGACUGUAGCACAAAGAGAAAGGAAUUGUCUCCCUUGGGGACAAAAAACACAACAGGACAUGGAAAAUCUGCAGUGUGUGCCACUCGUGAAGCAGCGGCAUCGAAGCCGGGUAGACUUAAGUUUUCAGUGGCCGCUAUCAUAGGAGAAUUAUAGUACUCGGGUUUCUUUAAAAACAAUGUUUUAGUCUACACAUGUAUUUAACUUCAUAUCACAGUUUGAGCGUCUCAGUCAGAGGACAAUUAUAGUGUAUGUGUGUAAACAUCAUAUUUUUGUAUAGUAAUAAGAUUUUACAUGUAAAUCUAUAUAUAUAGUACGUUUUCGGUUUGGUGUUUUCCGUUUUAUUUAAGGUUACAUCAGAAUUAAA